GGGUGUAAACAAUAAACCGACCCGACCCGUUACAGAACCCUAUCUCAAGGCCUUUACCCAAGCCAAUUUCUCGAAAACAGAUAAGACACCGUCUCCGAACCCAGACUCCGUAGUAACAACAUGGCCUCCCAAGUUUUUCCUCAGGCACUGCAUAUGAUCCCGAUAAACCAAGUACAGUCAUUUAAUCCAGUAAAGAAUUUUGGGUUCUCUGCAUUUCUGUCUCGUGGUCCUUCUCCAUUGACGACUUCCAAGGUUUCAGUGUCUGGGUUUCAUUUGAAAAUCCCGGUUGGCUCAAGUUCCAGUUGUUUUGCUCGAAGGGAAUUUGUUGUGAGAGCAGAGUCUAAUCCUGAAGGUGAAGGUGAAGUUGAAGCUGAAGCAAGUGAAAAUGAUGUUGAAGAAGCAGAAACGAAAGCAGAAGCUGAAGAGGAAGUUGAAGUAGGAGAGGACGGAGAAGAUAAGGUUGAAGAGAAACCCAAGGAGCGAAGAAAACCCCCGGUUAAACUUGGCGAUAUUAUGGGGAUAUUGAAUAAAAGGGCAAUUGAAGAAUCGGAGAAGCGGAGGCCUGUUCCAGAUCUUAGGACUGGUGAUAUUGUAGAGAUUAAAUUGGAAGUUCCUGAAAAUAGACGCAGGCUGUCUGUAUACAAAGGUAUAGUCAUGUCAAAACAGAAUGCUGGUAUCCACACUACCAUCCGAAUUCGGAGAAUUAUUGCUGGCAUAGGAGUUGAGAUUGUAUUCCCUGUUCAUGCAGUUGUACAAAAUCAUCAGGCUUCUUGUGAUUUCUGUUUCUAUGUGGUCAUCACUGGGAAACAAGAGAAGUUGAAUUUUCUUGAAUAUAUCUUUUACUCAAACGUGAGCAUGAUAUUGUAUGAAAGUUAACCAGCAGAAGACCACUGGAAGAAAGUUUGAAUUAUCACAUUUAUGUUGCAUGGAUUGCGUAUUAUACCAAGCCCAUUUGAGAAUACAGAAAAACAAUAUCUGUUCCAUUGGUUUUCGACACCAUAUUGAAAUCUGUAAUAAGUUGGAACCUGAAUUUAGAAUAGUUUAUUCCCUAGCAUAAUGUUUCAUGUAAUUCAGAUGAAUAAGUCUCCUGAAUUUUGAUGAUGAUUAUGCCAGAUGUACUAAAGACUCCUUUCUGAAAUUUGUUAAACAUGAUUCCCGA